AUGAUGACCACGUGGCUCCAUUUUAGUGGAAUUAAAAUUCUAGAUACUGUAAUGAUGCAGGACAGUGUAUUGGCUCUUACUGAUCUGGCAGUUCUGCCUACUAGUGCAGUUUUAAAUGCUGUCAAGAUGAUCAAGAAUGGAAGAGUGGACCAGAUUGAUCCCCUAAUCGUCACUCAAGCUUCAUUGCUGGGUGAGCUGCCAGUGGGUUCAUCAUCCUUGGAUAUCAUCAUACUUAUGUGCAAGUCUACUGAAUUUAUUGGGGAGCAGUUGUUAGGCGAAGUUUCUAGGGUGUUGAAGCCUGAUGGAACUAUACUACUUCAUCUAAGUUCUGAAACCUUAACAGGAGAAAUGAAAACAUCUCCACUUGAGCGCAAGUUCCUGGUGGCUGGAUUCUUAGAUGUUGAAGUUUUACCAGCAAAGCCAGCUUUACAUUCUGAAGCUGUUCAAUAUCUUGGGAACCAGACAAGACCAUACAUUGAGAUGGUCAAGGGACUAGUUCAAUAUCUCAUUGAUUCAACUGGUUUAAUAAAUACAAAAUAUUAG